UAGAAAACGAAACAUUAAAGAACGAUGGCCGCGUAUCGAUACGUACCACCCGAUGAAUUCACUCCUGAGACGCGUGUGAACUGGAUCAGUCUUGGCAAGGUAACAAAAUGGACGCAGGAAGAGGAAGGAAUCGUGGACAAGUUUACUCUCUUUCUGGAUGGCAACCUCAAAAUCUACAUCUACCUGUUAUCUCAUUCAACCUUUCGGGUACGCUUCAAUCCUGAUCCCCAAGCUCCGUACGUAAAAAGUCGUUCCCCGGCGACUGUGGUGGAGCGGAUCGAGGCGCAUGAGAUCAAAGUAAAGGAGGAGGGAGGGUAUCUAAAGAUAGGUACUGAUUUCAUUGAGGUGAGUAUCAAUUAGAAAUGACCAAUCAGUAUAGUUUUCUAGAAAACUGCUCACUAUAAUACUUUACACUCCCCAGAUAAGGAUGUUUUAUUCACUGCCACUCCUGUUUUGCUAGUCGCAGUACCCAUACUCCUUUCAGACACUCAGGGCAUUUAAGCCAUGACUAUUUCGAAUAUGCAUAUUUUGUUAAAUGAUAUUUAGAACGGUUUGCUUCCGUCAGUGAUCCUGAAAAGUGAACUACAUAUGUGGCUGAACGAAAAAACACGUGAAACAUGAUUUCAAAUAACACGUGACAUUGCUUCGUCAAUGACGUCACAAAACACGUUUUCUUAAAAAGGGAAGGGUUGCAAACCUUAAUCUUAGGAAUUUUCACCACCAAAAUGUUACAUAAACAGUGUAAAUCGAAAAUUCGCCUUGUAUGAUUGGAAAUAUUAUUUAUCCUAUUAGCUAUUUAACUAAUUAAUAAGUCACGUGACCCUUUCCCUUUAUUUACCAAUUCCUAUGUAACGUAAAAACACAUACAAGGCGAAUUUUUAAAAACCUUUUUAGUAGCCUCUGAAAUGUGCCUAAAAGAACUUGUUAUUCUUUCAUUAUCCUUUUCCCAUUUUACAGUAACUAUUUUGACCGUUAAUUCUAAAUUAUCAGUCACGUGACGAAAAUUUGAGCUUCUAAAAUGCACUCAUAUUGCUGAGGCCAUUAAACUACAUUUGUAGUUCAAUUUUCAGUAUCACAGAUAGAAACAAACCGUUUUAAAUAGCAUUUUAUCAAAAUAUGCAUAUUUGAUUAGAUAGUCAGGCCUGAGCAGUUACUAUUUUCCGUCAUGAUUGCCCAUUUCAAACUUGCGGGCAUUUAGGGCUGAAACGUAAUCAUUGGCCAACAAUUCCCUGCAGCCUCUCUUAAAGCAAAUCAAGACUUUUUUUCUGGUACACUAACUGCAUAUUUUAACUGGUAGUAUAUUCCUUUAUAGUGUAUAUUCACGCGACCUAAAAUGCUGCCUCCUCUGAGGCGAAAUCCCUGCGGGGGCAAUUUAAGGUGCCGGGCAGAGUUUAACUGGGUUCUAGAAAACCUCAGAGCUCGCAUGUCAUGUGACCCCAUUAAACAAUUUUGACUCACCAGCUUAAGAAAAACUUUUCCUAAUCCGAUUUCCCCAAUAGAUACGUGUGAAUUUGAAGAAGUACGCUUUGUCGGUGUAUCGCUCUGGACAGCUGAUCCACGCCGACCCCUCUGAUUACAAUCUUGUCUAUGUUGACCGCAAAGAUGGAGGUGAAGCCGUAGCCCAGUUCAAGAUGGCGCCAACUAACGCUCAGUAUUACGGUUUCGGAGAAAAGGCUGGUGCUACGGUUGAUAAGCGCCGUGUACCUAAACAGCACUUUUUUGGUCAACUUGCUGGUGGAAGUCACAAGAUCGGUGCUGCCAUGACGUUCUUUAACUUUGAUAACUUUGGCUACACGGCUCCUGAUCUAACACCAGAGGGGGAGGUACAAGGCCCUUUAAAUCCAAAUUCUCCAUUGUACCAGUCCUCGCCGUUCCUUAUUGAGUGGAACCCAAGCCCCGAUGGCGCGUUCGCCGGACCUUGUUACGCUUACGGCAUUUUGAUUGACAACACUUCGCAGACCUUCGUAAACUUCCGGCAGGGCGACCAGUACUACUUCGGCGCGCUUCACGGUGAACUUGAUUACUACUUCUUUGCUGCUAACCACGUUGCAGAGGUGCUGAACGAGUUUACUCAGUUGACCGGACGCACCCAACUGAAGCCAAAGUACAUUUUUGGAUACCAUCAGGGAGGAUAUGGUCCCAGCUACAAUACCAAAUGGAAGCUAAUGGAGGUCGCGCUUAAGUACCGUCAGUGGAUGAUUCCUAUCGAUGGCCUGCAUGUUGAUGUCGACUUUCAGGUAAGAACCAUGCAUGUAUCGGUGUUGGAACUCAGGGUUAAAAGAUAAAAGGAAAGUGUAGUUUUCGUUUGACGCUUAUUAGGUUUCUCUAGUUAUACAAUAUCCGAAAAAUAAAAUAAUUUAUAAUUACUACACUUGUAUACUUCAGCACGGUAUUUACCCAUCAGCAGCUAGUGUAAAAUACCACAGUGGGGGUGGAAAUUGAGUAAUUUUAAUUUUCAGUGGACAAAAGCCUUGUACCAGAAUAAUUUAAACAAUAUCGCAUUCUUCUUUAAAUUUUUCAAGAGCUAUAGAUAUAAUUAGUAAUCUGUAAUAACACCAAAGUACAAUUUCUCAUGGGGCCCGCGAAAAUAAAUGUCAAUUUUCGCAAGAAUUGUGAAAACACAGGUAAAAUUCUAAAAAUUUCAUGUGUAAUAUAAGAUGUCAUUUUGUUAAAUUGGACAUUUAUUUUCAUGCACUUGCAUAAGAAAUUUCCUUUGGUGUUAUUACAGACAACUAAUUACACCCAUAGCCCUUGAAAAAUGUAAAAGAGAUGGCGUUAUUGUUUAAAUUACUCCGAAAAUUAAAAUUACUUAAUUUGCUGAUGGAUUCCUUCUUAACACAUUUGACUUCGGAUUUGUCUCUCCGGGCUCAAGCUUUGCCAUCGCGUUCUUUCCUUAGACAAGAAAUUUUUCCUUAAUUUGUCUCUCUCCAUAGAAUGGGUACUAACACGUUUUGCUUACUAGAGCUUAAACCCCGUGGUAGUCUAGCAUCUCGCCCAGAGUGGAGUAAAAAUAAUUCUAGGUGCUUUAUGUGGCUGAGACCGUGAUAAGCUCUGCGUAUUGGCAUGCCCACAAAUCUCCCCUUCACCUUUUGCAUUAUGACGUACUCUUCCCUACUUUCAGGACAAUUAUCGCACAUUUACACAUAGCAAAACCAAGUUNUUCCUUCUUAACACAUUUGACUUCGGAUUUGUCUCUCCGGGCUCAAGCUUUGCCAUCGCGUUCUUUCCUUAGACAAGAAAUUUUUCCUUAAUUUGUCUCUCUCCAUAGAAUGGGUACUAACACGUUUUGCUGACUAGAGCUUAAACCCCGUGGUAGUCUAGCAUCUCGCCCAGAGUGGAGUAAAAAUAAUUCUAGGUGCUUCAUGUGGCUGAGACCGUGAUAAGCUCUGCGUAUUGGCAUGCCCACAAAUCUCCCCUUCACCUUUUGCAUUAUGACGUACUCUUCCCUACUUUCAGGACAAUUAUCGCACAUUUACACAUAGCAAAACCAAGUUCCCAAACCCCAAAGAAAUGUUCAACGCCUUGCAUGAUUGGGGUUUCAAAUGCAGUACCAACAUCACACCAAUCAUCAGCUGUAACAAGGAUGAAAAUGGAGAGUACAGCCCAUACAAAGCUCUAGACACUGGCAAAGCAAACGACAUCUUUGUAAUGAACAUCCGCGAGGACGGUAGCGGUAGCGCAGAGCACUUUAUCGGUAAUGUGAAUUAUGGGCGUGGAAUGUUGACUUGGGGCCACUAUCCCGAUCUGGGACGGGCGGACGCACAGAAGUGGUGGGGAGAGCAGUACCGCGAUCUUUUGGAUUGGGGUUUGGAUUUUGUGUGGCAAGACAUGACAACUCCAGCCAUGAAAGCCAGUAUUCAUCAGCCUGACUGUCCACUUUUGUCUUUUCCCAUGGAUAUAAUGAUUAGUGAUAACGAGGAGACCAGGUACAUUCUACGACGUUUAAAUGUAAAUCAAAUGAGAAUUGUUAUAUUCCUAGACUUUCACUCAACUAAACAGGGAUUACCAUUGUUGAUUCUUGGUCACGUGGCCUUGACUAAAAUCAGUGUCAGUGUUCUCCUUAUAAGGCAGUAACCGUUAAAAUUUACCGUCUGAAGCAACACUUCUUACCGCCUGCAACCGCUUGAAGGUUUACUAAAAUUAAAUAAAUUGUUUUAAAAAAUACGCAAGUUAUGAUCUGAUCCGAUUUUUUUUUUUUUUUUUGCCUUACCGGCCAUGAAUGGUCCCUAACCUACUGAGCUAAAAUUUAGGGAGAACACUGAAUGUAUCCCGAUCAUGAUAAAUUAAGCAAUGUACCCCGCUCGGGAUACAUUACAGCACGUGGUCAAAGCAUGGUGGAAAGUGGCGUGACAGAAGGCGGGAAAAACACUGCCAGUUUUCUUUUUCGUGAACACAACAACACAAACACGAAGCCUCAAGCUAAAAAGCAACGAUUUUUAAAGUUAUCCCAGAAGAGAAACAGCAGCUAGUGGAGGAAAAAGAUGCCGAUAAUAUAAGGAAAGUACUUUGUAAAUCAUUCAUUCAGUGGUUUUAAGAAUUAGAUGUGUGUUGUUAUAAGUACCGAGUCGACUGCUUUGGUUCACUCCGGUUAUUCUUUUAUUGCUGUUGAAGUGAAAGGCUAGAUAUAUAAUAAAACACUUAAUGUCAGGUCCCUCCGGGAACCAGUUAGUUUUGUUUUCCCUCGAGUCCUGAUGUUUCCCGAGACGAAGUCGAGGGAAACAUCAGAACUCUCGAGAAAACAAAACUAACUGUUUCCCUCGGGAUCUGACAUUAAGUGCAUAGUAUUAAACAUUGAAAAUCUUGUGACUAUAGAUAGGUGUGAAAAAAUAUAGGUUGAAUGGUACACUAUUCGAGUAUUUUCGCUUCAGUCUAUACCAGUAACGAAAUAAGGAAGUUGACGACCCAGAAAAUAAACUUUGUAAACUUGCGGAAAUUGACCAUUGUGCAGCCCCCGGCAACUUUGGUAAACAGAUUGAGUACAAAACUUUCUAGUAAAAUAAAAAGGGAGAAACGGGGAAAGAAGAUUUUUCCAAACCACGGAACCACUUUUUCAUAGCAAAUUCACCAUCUACGUACAGAGGGCCGAGCUAUAGUAUUUUAGACAAAUCCAGCUAGUGGUCUAUUAUCAAUGCUGCGUUCUGAUUGGUUGAGCUACUACUAGGCUAUAUGUUAUAACCCACUAGUAGCGAAAAGCGCCGGCUUUGGAAACCAAAAUAAUGGCGGCUGAAUCGCGUUUUGCUAGCUAAAGUUGUUUUGUCUCGGAUAUUUUUGACCAACUAGUUGGAUUUUACUAAAACAAUUAUUCCUCUCGCCCUCAUGGCCUCUGAGUCAAUACUCAGAACCCAUUCGAGCUUGAGGAAUAAUUGUUAAAUAUACCAUAACACUGAAGUGCUAUUUAUUGCAAUCCCAUCGUCCAUUUAGGUACGCGAAGCAAAGCACGCAUCAUGACAAGAAGCCGUUCGCUAAGAUUCGCUGUCUCUAUAACUACAACCUCUGUAAAGCGACGUAUCAAGGACUGCAACGUAUCCAGCCAAACAAACGGCAUUAUAUCAUCGCACGAGGGGGAUUUGUUGGUGUUCACCGCUAUGCAGGACUUUGGACAGGUUCAGUUAUCCUUCAAUUCCUUUUUACUCGCUAAGAGGAAGUUAUGAGGGUAGUAUUACACAGUUAUUACUCGAAUUCUUUGUUCAAUGCAAACUUCGCUUGAGAUCAUAGGAAUCAUCAUCAUUAUCAUCAUUAUCAUGAUCAACAUAACUUCUUCUUCUUCUUCCUUUUCUUAUUACAUAAUUUAACAGAUUAAUGGUGUACCCUUCUUACAUUUCUUAUAUAUACUUUCAGGUGACAGUACUUCUAACUGGCAGUUCGUCCAGAUGAACAUUCCUCUCAUCCUUGGUAUCGGACUUUCUGCUCAGCCAGUCUCUGGGUGCGACAUUGGUGGCUUUUGCGCAGCUUGGCAGGUAAGUGCUUAGCCAGACCCAGAGGCAACUGAUAAGGAUGAAUUGACCAGCUAGUAUAUUUUCUUUUAAUUAGCUAAAUCGCUUUUUCUUGGGCAAAGCCACAAGUAAAGUUUUGGCAAUCGCCUGAUUCGUGUCUUCAAAGUAGAAAUACUGGUUUUCAUGCAAACUGCAAUAGCUAGGUAUAUAGCAGUGAGCUAGGGCUCUAUAUCAGAUGUCGAAAGCCAAAUUUUGAACAGCUUGUUUGCACAAGUGUAGGCUCCCACAGCGUCUUAUUUUUCUUAUUAGGGUCAGAUUGUUGAUCCCGAAAUGCUAGCGCGUUGGACUAUCAUGGGUGCAUUCCUGCCAUGGUUCCGCAAUCAUUAUGAUAACUACUACAAGCCGUACCAGGAGCCGUACAUGUACGCGGAGCCCGUCCCUAGCAUUUGCCGCAAGUACAUUGAGAUGCGUUACCAGUUAAUUCAGUAUAUCUACGACGCUAUGUACGAGAAUACGCAGACUGGCAAGCCGAUUUGUCGUCCUCUCUUCAUGGACGAGAUCAAGCCAGGUAAGGCCUCCCUCAGCAAUUGAAAGAUUCGGAUCCCUUUCUAAGUGAUUUGGUAAGAAACUUGCGUUUCGCUCGUCUCUAAGCCAUCUGAACACCCUCUUCUAGUCCCCCUUUACCAACAAUUAGAACAGUGUGAACAGACCUAUUUUUCUCUUAAGAGAUUUUGGAGCGCACCUUAUAAAAAUGAUACUGCGUUUACGACAUGACGAAAACGUCCUCAUCAAGCCAUGUAUACUUGUACCUAGAACACCUUCUUGAUUUUUUAUAUGGGACGAAGGGAAUUCGCCAUCAUGAUGUCGUUAGAAGUCUGAGGAGCAGUUGAUUACAUUAUUUGUUAGGUAACCUACAUCUUUCGUUUAUUAUGACGACUUAAAUUAUUCUUGUACCUUGGCAAGAUCCCAUAAUAUUUUCCUAAAGUGCUCUUUUCGUCACACUGUUCUCAACAACGCGCGUCCUGCAUUUCUGCCAAACUGUUACUUCUUCCAUACUAUACUUACAUUUUACUUUGGUUUACGAAACGUGCAGGAGAGUUCAACAAUGAUCCUUAUGCUGAUGAUGACCAUCUAUGGGGAUUCGGUGGUUACACCUCAAAUCGCUUGGACGAUCAGUUUUUUCUUGGCAAGGACAUGUUAGUGGCACCAAUAGUCAAUCCAGGUAUCAUUCUGGACUCUUUAACCAAUUUUUGAUAGGUAUAUGGUGUAGUUUCCAAAACAAAAUGAGUUAAAGGGAGCCUUAAUUUAUUAUUCGCUUAUUAAACUCUUGGUAAAUUUAUCCAAAAUGUCAAAGCCAUAUUUCCUUAACCUAGGAUCUAGGCUAAAUUUAAACGUCAAUAGCACCUCAUAGACAACAGAAACGCUUUCGUUCGUAUCGAGACGGGGCGCCAAACAACAAAAUCUCUAGUUAAAAACCGUACGAACAGCGGAAGAAACGUACUAAUUAAAAAGUUGUUAGUUUAGAAGUUUUAUUUCCCCUGAUAACUUGAUCAGUUUUAUGUAUGCGCCAUAUGAGAAAUCUACAGGAAUGCCAGGAGCUUUAAUGUCCCCAAGGACGAUUUCAGCUGCUAAGGGUUUGAGGCCUUACAUCGUGCUCACUGAUUUUUCCUUUUUUCAGGUCAAACAAAUCGAGCCGUGUACCUCCCCGCUGGGAGCCAGUGGUACCGUUUCACAAACGACAAGUCGCCACUUGAAGCCCCCGUGGAUGGAGGGGUAGAGUUAGACUUCUAUGCCCCUUGGAAUGACAAAAGCAGAGACAACUGCGCUAUAUACAUCCGUGAAGGCGCCAUUAUUCCCAAGAGGGAACUGGAACAAUACAUCGGGGAGCUACACUCUCAGGGAAAGAUGAACCCCAUUACAUUUAGCAUCUAUCCAGGCAGGAACAACAGCUACAAACUCUAUCUUGAUGACGAUGGUGUCAGUAACAAAGCAGAGACAUCUGGCGAAUACCGUUUGACUCAGAUUACACAUGAAGGUUAGAUGAAGUGUAUUUUGCAGUUUAGUUGAAUUCUCGGUUCAAAUUUUAUUCCCCUUUGUUUAAAUUAAUAAUCAUCAGUAAUGGUUCUUACUAUAAAUUGAUUAUCUGCCGCUGCCUUUUUGAUGCUCUAACGUUUUUUGUAGAAACAAAUUUGACAUUUUUGAAAGGAAUUUUUCUAAUUUAGCUUUGAGGUUGCGAAGUAAUAUGAUAAAGUCACUGUAAAUUCUCGAAGGGCGGGACAAAGAAAACGCAUGCUUACAAAAACGCACCCAUAAUACCUUCCGGCCCUGAUGAAAAAUUAUCAGAUACGACUAAACGCGCCUAGUUUGAUCAAAUCGAGAUGGUUUCGACUUACUUUACCAACAAAUUUUGGCUUCAUUUUUUCGUUAAUUCUAAAAAUGAUAUACUCGCUGAGACUGGUAACUAUUGUGCAUCUUCGAUUUUCUGAUCUCAGGAAAUGAAAAGGAAAAUAAAAUUUGAACCAAGGAUAGAAUUGAACCACAACAUGUAAACCUCAUUUUUUUUUUCUUAGACUCCUAAAUAAUUCAAAUUUCUAAAUCAAUGGUAAAAUAUCAAAGUAGUUGCGACAUUAUAUAUAGCUGGUAUCGUGCGAAGAGGUUUAAUAACUUGUAAAUUAAAAUAAUUAAACUCUAGCUUACCAAAAAUGUAUUAAUAAUGUAAUGGCCCUUAAACAUGUUUGUGUCUGACUAGCAAAUUUCACCAUGCCUCGUUUUGAAAUUGUAAAGUUGCAAAGUUUUCCAUAAAUGAAUUCCCAAAGGCAGUAGAGUUGAAAAGAAUACCCACCCAUAAAAAGUGCAAGAGUGCAGUAUUGCCAACGAACAAGGCUUGGUGGUAAAAUUUUUCUUGUCUGAAGUAAUCAUGCAGAAGGGCCAUUGUAAACUAAAGGGAGUUUUUACUCACUUGGCCGGUAUCUAUGCAUAUUUAUUGGAACCAGGAGCCCAUGAACCCCUGAUUAGAACAAAAGGAAGCGUGUACAUAAGAAAAGAGUUCACAUCGCACAGCAUGGCUUGGUGAAUACACCAAUUUACAUAUAUAGCCGCCUUUUCAUUGUUUUGGAAUACCAAUAUGGCCAUGACUGUUAUUGAUUUUCUUGAACUCCUUCCGUGAGUAAAUGGUAUCAUGAGAUUGGAGAAACUCCAGGAAAUUAUAUCGUUAGUUUUUAGCUUUUUUUUUUUUUUUUUUUUUUUUUUUUUUAUUUUAGAUUUUUCUUUAUUUAUUUUUUUGCAUUUCCAAUUUUUUUUUUUUUUUUUUUUUGCUUAGAAAGUGAAUAUGUUUAAAUUUUUUUGGGUUUUUUGUUCACAACCAGGGUUUUUUUACGGUUAAGGGUUACGAAACAAGCGAUUGUAAAGAGGAAACAAAAAAACAAACAAUAAAGACAAAAAAAAAGAUAUUUGAAAAAAAAAAAAAGACAAAACUUAUACUGGUUUUUUUGAAUUUAUUCAUAUAUUAAAUUUUUUUUUUUGUUUUGUUUAUUUUCAGAAAAUUAUAUCUUUUGUUUUUUUUUUUUUUUUUUUUUUUUUUUUCAUUUUAGAUUGAUUAUUAAUCACUUUUGUGCAUGUCCAAUUAUUAUUCUGUUUGUUAUGUGCAUAGAAAGUGAAUAUGUAUAAAUUUUCUGAGGUUAUUUGAUCCACACCAGGGAUUUCUGACGGUCAACGGAUCCGCAUCAAGCGUCUGUACAACAAAUUCACACCACCUGAGACGUUCUACUACUUGAGCAUGCCGGGAACUCUCAGCCCAAAACUCGUCAAAGCUGCUGGUACCUCACUGAAGCAGAAGACUGGGGCAACAGACAGCGAGGCUGCAAAUGUUCUCCAAAAUUCCCAGGAUACACCAGGAGCGUAUUACUACAAUAAUUCCCUGAAGACAACCUUCGUCAAGAUCUUCGAUACUUCCAAAGAUAUCACUGUCGAAGUUACCUUUUAAGAUGAAGACAAGAAAAGAAAAUGGAAAUGAUUCAAAAGCUUAGCAAACGAGAAUUCCUAAAAAUCUUAACAUUUAACAAGGAGUAUAUGACUAGUUUUAACUUAUAGUAUAUAACUAGAUUGUACUUAAAUAUGAGAACCUCAAUAUGCCAAAAGGGCAGGGUUAAGAAGCAAUGGUCAUAGUAGAUAUAAAAUUGGGUUUGUUUAACACUACUGAUAUUUUAGGGGUUUUCUCUCGUGAUCUGCAAAAGUAUACACUCUGUGAAAGAUACCGAGAGCAAAUAAAACCACUUUGUAAUGAGCUAAGAAAAGACUACAAAAGCGCUGCCUAUUACGGAGGCCAGGGUAAGGAGACGAAAAUUAAAACAAUGAACGUAACUGGAGACAUAAAGAAAAAAAAAACUUAGAAUACCACAUAGUUCAGCAAGUAACACCAGUUAUUUAGCUUAAAUUUUUAAUUUUUAAAAACCUUCCAAAGCAGUAUAGUGACUCGAUUACGCUACUUGACUUUGGUAGACGUUAAGGUUCAUCAACAUGAUAGAGGGCAUUUUAUAGUUACUGAAAAUGUAACGCUUUCUGACCUUUUAGUUCAAAAUAAAUCAUCUGUUUGGUAGUAGCAUCUGCGUAUUUUUGCUGGGGUGCACUUUAUAAUUGCUUAAAAUUCAACAGAUAUACAAAU